CUAUUCUCUUUCCCUAACAUAUUCCAGUUUUCCUAACCCUAAACUUCUUCUUCUUCCUAAACUUCUUCUUCUUCCUCAAGAAAAAUGCAAAGUUGUGGCAGAGUCCAAGUAAUGGGUUCUUCACAACAGCCAGUUUGGAUAAAGCCAUCAUCAGCUUUCCCUCCAAAAAGCUCAAAUUUUACAGUUGGCCUUCCUCAUCAGAUUAGCCUCAAUUCUUGCAGAUAUCAUUCUUAUAAAAUUAAAGGGAGCUUGGUCACUGGGAGACCAUCCUCUUCUAUGUCAGUCACUGAAGUUAGAGGUGACAGAAGCAGCUUUAAAGAUUAUGACCUUAGUAAAGCAGAUCCAGAGGUGCGUGAAAUUAUCGAAAACGAAAAAAAUAGGCAGUUCAAGAGCCUUGAGCUUAUUGCCUCUGAGAAUUUUACAUCUCGAGCAGUGAUGGAAGCAGUUGGUUCAUGCCUUACAAAUAAAUAUUCUGAAGGACUGCCUGGUAAAAGAUACUACGGUGGAAACGAACACAUUGAUGAGCUUGAAAUCCUAUGUCAAGAAAGAGCUUUGGCUGCAUUUGGCUUGGAUGGACAGAAAUGGGGUGUUAAUGUCCAACCAUUGUCUGGCUCUCCUGCUAAUUUCGAAGUUUAUACAGCACUUCUUAGUCCGCAUGACAGGAUAAUGGGUUUGGACUUACCUCAUGGGGGACAUCUGUCUCAUGGAUUCAUGACUCCUAAAAGACGCGUAUCUGGCACAUCCAUUUAUUUCGAGUCUAUGCCAUAUCGACUUGAUGAAUCAACAGGCCUGGUUGAUUAUGAUAUGCUUGAGAAAACCGCUACUCUCUUCCGACCAAAGCUCAUUAUUGCUGGUGCUAGUGCUUAUCCUCGAGAUUUUGAUUACCCUCGCAUGCGCAGGAUUGCAGAUUCCGUUGGUGCUUUUCUCAUGAUGGACAUGGCUCAUAUAAGUGGACUUGUUGCUGCCUCUGUCGUCGGUAAUCCCUUUGAGUAUUGUGAUGUUGUGACAACAACAACACAUAAGUCUUUACGAGGUCCUAGAGGUGGUAUGAUUUUCUUCAGAAAGGAUCCUAUCCUUGGAGUUGAUCUGGAAUCUGCCAUCAACAAUGCUGUUUUUCCAGGUCUCCAGGGUGGUCCUCAUAACCACACAAUUGGAGGACUAGCUGUUUGCUUGAAGCACGCACAAUCCCCUGAAUUUAAAGCUUAUCAGAAGCAGGUCAUCUCCAAUUGUAAGGCUCUUGCAGAUCGAUUGGUUGAAUUGGGCUAUAAAUUGGUUUCCGGAGGCACUGAUAAUCACCUUGUUCUUGUAGACUUGAGGCCACUUGGCAUUGACGGGGCUCGGGUAGAGAAAAUUCUUGACAUAGCAUCUAUUACCCUCAAUAAAAAUUCAGUUCCCGGGGAUAAGAGUGCCCUUGUUCCGGGCGGUAUUCGAAUUGGAUCACCUGCGAUGACUACUAGAGGUUUUAAGGAGAAUGAUUUCAAAGCAACUGCUGAUUUUAUUCACGAGGGUGUUCAGAUAACUAUGGAAGCCAAAAAAUUAGUGUCAGGAUCAAAGCUUCAAGAUUUCUUGAAGUUCGUUUCAUCCCCGGAUUUCCCUUUAACUGGUAAAGUGUUAGAUCUCCAAACGAGAGUCGAGGCCCUUACAACCCAGUUCCCGAUACCUGGAGUAUGAGAUUUAUAGCUGGAUGAUGUAUACCACAGUUUGGAAUGUGAAAUUAACGGCUGCAUUAAGCUUAUAGUACUACAAAUGGGAGUUAAACUGCCUCGUCUUGCUCACUUUUCGUGCAAGAACAGUUGCCCCAAAGUGUAUCUGUAAUGCCUAAAAUUUUGGCGGUAGUCGUUUUUUUAUUAUUUGGAGAUUCUUCAUAUAACUGGUUUAUAGUUUUUUUUUGCCGGAAGAUAUAGAACCUUCAUUGAUAUGAAACAAUUUAUAAAAGUCUCGAGUUUAGCCA